GUGGUUCAUGGCAAGGAGAUCCCUUGGAACCUGUUCACCCCAAAAGCCCCUUACCAGGGCAAGGUUAUCGAAAACGACGUGCACCCACAGACCCUCACGGAAGAUACCGGGGAUGCAAAUUGGGAGACCACCCACGUGACCUUUGAUCACGGCGGCAACGUCCCAUACAUCGAGGGACAAUCAAUCGGCGUCAUUGCGCCGGGACCAGACAAGAAGGGCGAGAAACCUGCGAGGAUUCGACUCUAUUCCAUCGCAUCAUCUGCUGUUGGUGACAAUCAGAACUCCAAGACGGUGUCUCUGUGUGUCAAGCGUGUUGUGGAGGUGGAUGGUACGCACGCUAAUCGUGAGGUUGGAGAGGACAAGCCUGACAAGGCUGGAACGGCUUUCCCGGACAACAAGGUCUACCGUGGCGUCUGUUCCAACCACAUCUGUGACAUGAGCCCAGGAGAUGAUGUGAUGAUCACUGGUCCAACUGGUGCUGAGAUGCUCCUGCCGGAAGAUCCUGAGGCCAACAUCAUCAUGCUGGCCACAGGCACGGGUAUUGCCCCGAUGCGCGCUUACUGCCGACUGCUCUUCCACGAUGAUGCUGGUGCAAGCGACGGGGGCCGAAAGUUCAAGGGCCUCGCCUGGCUGUUCAUGGGCGUCCCAUACUCCAAGUCCCUGCUGUACGAUGAUGAACACCAGGACUACAAGAAGAAUUAUCCUAGCCAAUUCAAGUACGACUACGCAGUCAGCCGCGAGCAGAAGAACGCAGCUGGCCAGAAGAUGUACAUUCAGACCAAGAUGGCAGAGUAUGCGGAUGAGCUCUGGGAGCUGAUGCAGGAUGAGAAGACCCACGUCUACAUGUGCGGCUUGAAAGGUAUGGAGUCUGGCAUGGCUGAAUGCUUUGGACCCAUUGCAGAGAAGGCUGGCAAGGACUGGGCUGAGUUUGCCAAGGCCAUGAAGAAGGCUGACCGCUACCACGUCGAGGUCUACUGA